CACCACCACCACUUCUUUAGUAUCAUUCCAUUCUCUCAAAGCAAAAAAGUAUUUCUUACUGAAGCUCUCAUCUUUCUUUAAUUUCUUCAAGAAAACCAUACUAAAAUGGCCAUCAAAAAAUCAACUAAGUUGUCACAAUCUCCUGUUUUGAAGCAAAUUUUGAAGAAGUGUUCUAGUUUGGGUAAAAAAAACGAAGACCACCUUCCUGUUGACGUACCAAAAGGACAUUUUGCAGUUUACGUGGGAGAAAAUAGGACUCGAUACAUCGUACCUAUUUCUUUUUUGAGUCAUCCUGAGUUUCAAUGCCUCCUUCGUUGCGCUGAGGAAGAAUUUGGGUUCGAUCAUGAUAUGGGCAUUACAAUUCCAUGUGAAGAAUUUGUUUUCCAAUCACUUACAUCAAUGCUGAGAUAAUUAAAUAAUUGGAAAGAAGAAAAAAGGUGAAUAUUAGGUAUUAAGCUUAAUUUUGGAGUGAAUUAAGAAAGAUGUGUUCAAGAUGAAGCAAGUUAAAUUAGUAGUCUUUUUGCUUCUUUUUUUGUAACGUCUUUCUUUUCACUUUUUUUGUUUUUAAUUUUUUUUUUAUUUGUUUAUUAUUUUGUCAAUUUCCUCUAACCCUGACCUAGGAAUCACAUGGAUAUUAGUAGUGUUUUUUUAUGGGUUGGUUGGAAUUUUUUUCCCUUGAAGUGGUGUUUUUUCAAGCACCCUAUGAGAGAAGUUAAUUAUUAAAUGUGUCUCAAU